AGACCUGCUCUCCCGGAUGACGGUGAGAGAGGCGACUCACGACGACUACCAGGCCGUUAUGAACAUGGCGUCUCCGGACACCUUUCGGGACGGGUUUGACUACCUGCUGGCCAAGUUUCACGGUUUUGUGGACGAUCCCGAUACGGUGUUUCUCCUGGUGGAGCUCGAUGGGGAAGUGGUCUUCCUCGAUGUGCAGUUUUUGCGGGAUGAAGGAGAAAGCUGUGUUGCUAAAACAAUACGUAUGUCCCCAAAAAUGCUAGGCAGGAGAUUUGCAAAAACAUUCAGGGCAGCCAUGCGAGUUCGUCAUUUUGCAAAGUUUAUUGAAAUGUCGGGGCAACAACCAAAAAAACUACAUGUACUGAGAGACACGGAGCGACACGACCUCAAGCGGCUAGACAGCGACCUGCCCCUUAGGACCAAAUCUGUGAUUAAUAUCAUGUACUUUUGCUGGGACGCAACCCCCAUGAAGGACGGGCUGACUGACAACCAGACGUCCCUCCCGGCCCUCGUACCCUACCAGCCUUCCGACAUACAAUGCCUGCUGCCGCCGGCCUUCUCGGCUGCCAUACUGUCUGAGGGUACCGUGCUUGUAGACUGGGAUCCGUACAAACUUUCUGAACCCAACAUGAAGAAGCUAGUAGAAGCGGGAUGCUACAUCCUUGUCGACUCAACCGAACCGGCCGCCAAUAGUCUUAGUUUCGGCGGGAGUUACAUGACUCCCCGGGGCAGGGUGUAUCACAUAGACACUGUGAGGACGAGGCUUUAUGUAAGGCUCACAUCAUAACCCACAUGAAGAACGCCUUAAGCCGGUAUACAGGCAUGAUAACCUUCUGUGUUGUGUUGAUUGACAAGAUGUUAAAGGACGUAGUGAUGACUUUUUGCGUCCAGUAUCUGCAUUUCAAACACCUUCCCCAUGACCAUGAAUACAUUCAUUACGACAUUGACACUGAUGAUUUAGAGAUGGCAGAACCUGCUCCUAAGGCAAAAUACUGAGGACAUUACCGUUUACAAACGUAGUGCACAAAUUGCAAGAGGUUUAAAUUUGGUUGGAUUAUACUAAGAGUAAACUUAGGCCGGCGACUGUAGAAUUUGUCGAGUUGCAUGUAUCCUUAGAUACGCCCACUGAAACACUAUGAAUACACAUACAUGUGUAUAUGAUAUAAAGAUGCGUGGAAACGGGCGAUCCUACCCGCGGUCUGACUGGUACCUCGGGUGAUACGAAAUACACCGUGUCGUAUUCUAUACUUACCACUAUGGUAUUAUACUGCUUUCUCUUAUAUUGAUUAUAUGUACAUUAGGUCUUUAUUUACUUCGAAACCCAAACAACUUCCUCUCUGCCCAAGAGCUAUCUAACACUAAACAACAUCACGAGCAUACAAAAUCCCAAAAUAGUUUGAUAUCCCUCUACAUCGUCUCGAGCUAUAAUGUUCACAGACACAGAAACGGCACAGAAAAGAUGUCGGUAAAGGUAAAUACCAGAUACAAACUUGCUACUGUGCAGAUACAAUCUAAGAGGGAUAACGAAACGUACAGAACGUAAUAAAAGUAGUCACGAGAAUACGUUCUGUAUGUUCCGUGAUCCAGUUUUACAUUUCGUUUCCAAAAACAUCCCAGCCGGGACCGGCUUGGAAAUAUGACCUAUGCAUAAAUCGCGCUCGUAGCGGCCCUUCCAGCUCAGUGCAAGGCUAUUAAGGGAACCGGAAACAACCUUUGAACUUGCAACACACCUCAGCUAUAUAAACAUACCGCCCCUACAACUUGAGGUCACUCGUCGUGCACGAUUUUGAUGUGUUCCGUCAGCAAUGGACGAAGACCUGUUAUCCCGGAUGACUGUGAGAGAGGCGACUCACGAAGACUACCAGGCCGUUAUGACCAUGGCGUCUCUGGACACCUUUCGGGACGGUUUUGACUACCUGCCGGCCAAGUUUCACGGUUUUGUGGACGAUCCCGAUACCGUGUUUCUCCUGGUGGAGCUCGAUGGGGAAGUGGUCUUCCUCGAUGUGCAGGUUUUGCGGGAUGGCGGAGAAAGCUUUGCUCCUAGAACCAUGCGCAUGGCCAAAACAUUGCAAGGCAGGGGAUUUUCAAAAACAUUCACAUCAGCCACGAGAAUUCGUUCUGUUGCAAAAUUUAUUGAAAUAUCAGGGAGACCACCCAAAACACUACAUGUACUGAGAGACACAGAGCGACACGACCUCAAACGUCUAGACAACGACCUGCCCUUCAAGACCAAAUCUGUAAUUAAUAUCAUGUAUUUUUGCUGGGACGCAACACCCAUUAAGGACCAGCUGUCUGACGCCCAGAUGUCUCUCCCGGCCCUCGUACCCUACCAGCCCAAUGAGAUCCAUCGCCUGCUGCCGCCUGCCUUCUCGGCUGCCGUACUUUCUGAGAGCACUGUAUUUGUUGACUGGGACCCGUACAAACUUUCUGAACCCAACAUGAAGAAAUUAGUAGAAGCGGGCUGCUACAUCCUUGUCGACUCGAAUGUACCGGCCGCCAAGAGUCUUAGUUUCGGCGGGAGUUACAUGACUCCCCGGGGCAGGGUGUAUCACAUAGAUAUACACUGUAAGGACGAGGCUUUAUGUAAGGCUCACAUCACAAACCACGUGAAGAACGCAUGUAGUCUGUUUACAGGCAUGAUAACCUUCUGUGUUAUGGUGACUGAAAAGGAGUUAAAGGAUGUAGUGGUGACUUUUUGCGUCCAGUAUCUGCAUUUCAAACACCUUCCCCAUGACCAUGCUUAUACUCAUGACGAGCUUGAUUUUGAAAAUUUCUGGAUGGCAAAACCUGUUUCUAAGGCCAAAUACUGAGGACAUAAUCCAAAAUUCUAGGUAAUUACUACAAUUGUAGGCAAAACACAGGAAUAAAGUAAUUUCGGGAUGUCUUUGAAUGUAGCUUUAUAUUUUCUGAACAGCACAAUACUUAAAAACUUUCUAAAAAGGUCAAGUGUGGCUAUGACUGUACAAGUACACUAGUGUUCUCCAUGUCAGUAGUUAACCGUUCUGUGGAUCACAAGCAACAGCCUUAAGGCCUGAGGUGCGCCUUUGAGACAAGAUGCUGUACUCUCGAAUGUACCACGAAACAUAUUUGAAAUUCUCAUUGAUAAACUCUGACCUCUGACGAACUCCAGCCGGUCAAGUAUCGUUUCUGGUGUAAUUAGCAGGGAUUAAAAAUGUACAAUCCUGAACCGACAACAACAACAACAGCAACAACAAGAGAGUUCCGCGACAACCACUACAUGUUGAAAAACAUUUACGACUGAUGUAUUAUGAAUCCUUCUUGUAGCUUAUGCAAAUGUGUCCUCCUUUAUAGAAAUUAGAUCAGUUGAUCAACCCGAAAUAACAGAAUAUGUUAAAAGUGAGAAAGUUUUACAUUUACAACAAAAGUUUAAAGCUAGUAUUUUUGCUAGCAUUUCCAUGUAAAUUAUGAAAAUCAGAUCUUGAUUUCCCUUAUUUGCAUUUAUCGUUCAACUAACUUCACUUAACUUUUAAAGGCCGGAAUUACGAAAUACCCAUUAUUUACCACUAUGGAACUAUUCUGCUUUCUCCUAUAUUGAUUAUGCACAUAAGGUCUUCUUUAACUUUAUUUAUACGCGUUGAUGCUCCUCUUCUGUCUUACUCAGAACAUAUGUUACACGUUUGAAUGCAACAUGUCUUAGCAUGGGCCUUAGCGUCGUUAUAAAAUUUUGAUAUUUCAAGCAUUAUUUAUGAUGUCAAGUAUCACUUAACCUGUCUAUCUUCAUAUUUAAAAAACAACGAUCCGUCAAACCUUUUUGAACUCGGUUCCUUUUAGUUUUAAUACAAAAAAGCAGCUAUAGGACAAAACUCAAACAGCUUCCUCUUUGCCCGAAGAGCUAUUUAAUACUAAACAACAUCACAAGCAUACAAAAUACCAAAAUACAAAUGUAGAAUGAUAUCCCUCUACAUCGUCUCGAGCUAUAAUGUUCACAGACACAGAAACGGCACAGAAAACAUAAACUUGUCGGUUAAGGUAAAUACGAAAUAGAAACUUGCUGCCCAAUGUGCAUGUAUGCAAUCUAUUAAAGAGAGAUAACGAAACGCACAGAACGUAAUAAAAGUAGUCACGAGAAUUUCUGUAUGAUCAGUGAUCGACAUUUUCAUAUUUCGUUUCCAAAAACAUCCCAGCCGGGACCGGUUUGGAAAUAUGACCUAUGUAUGAAUCGCGCUCCUAGCAGCCCUUCCAACUCAGUGUAAGACCAUUAAGGGAACCGGAAACAACCUUUGAACUUGAAACACGUAUUGACGCCACCACUAUAUAAACGUGCCGCCCCUGCAGCUUGAGGUCACUCGUUGUGCACGAUUUUGAUCUGUUCCGUGAGCAAUGGACGAAGACCUGUUAUCCCGGAUGACUGUGAGAGAGGCGACUCACGACGACUACCAGGCCGUUAUGACCAUGGCGUCUCCUGACACCUUUCGGGACGGGUUUGACUACCUGCCGGCCAAGUUUCACGGUUUUGUGGACGAUCCCGAUACGGUGUUUCUCCUGGUGGAGCUCGAUGGGGAAGUGGUCUUCCUCGAUGUGCACUUUUUGCGGGAUGGCGGAGAAAGCUGGGUUGCUAAAACCAUGCGCAUGGCGAAGAAAAUGCAAGGCAGGAGAUUUUCAAGAACGUUUAUAGCUGCCAUGAGAGUUCGUCACUUGGCAAAGUUUCUAGAAAUGUCGGGGCGACAUCCCAAAGUAGUGCAUGUACUGAGAGACACAGAGCGACAAGACCUCAAACGUCUGGACAACGCGUACGACCUGCCCUUCAAGACCAAAUCUGUAAUUAAUGUCAUGUACUUUUGCUGGGACGCAACCCCCAGGAAGGACCGGCUGACAGACGCCCAGAUGUGCCUCCCGGCCCUCGUACCCUACCGACCUGCAGACAUCCACCGCCUGCUUCCGCCGGCCUUCUCGGCUACCGUGCUUUCUGGAGGCUUGUUGCUUGUUGACUGGGACCCGUACAAACUUUCUGAACCCAACAUGAAGAAGUUAGUAGAAGCGGGCUGCUACAUCCUUGUCGACUCGAAUGUACCGGCCGCCAAGAGUCUUAGUUUCGGCGGGAGUUACAUGACUCCCCGGGGCAGGGUGUAUCACAUAGACAUACACUGUAAGGACGAGGCUUUAUGUAAGGCUCACAUCAUAACCCACGUGAAGAACGCCUGUAGUCAGUAUACAGGCAUGAUAACCUUCUGUGUUGUGGUGACUGAAAAGAAGUUAAAGGAUGUAGUUAUGACUUUUUGCGUUCAGUAUUUGCAUUUCAAACACCUUCCACAUGACCAUACAUACCAUCAUUAUAAGCUUAAGACUGAUGAUGUAGAUAUGGGACAACCUAUUCCUAAGGCCAAAUACUGAAGACCCAAACGUAGUUCACAAAAUGCAAGAGGUUUAAAUUUGGUUGGAUUAUAUAAAAAGUAAACUUUCUCAAGUUACAUGUAUCCUUAGCUACGCCUAAAACACUCUGAAUACCAAAUACAAGUGUACAUGGCAUAAAAAUGCAUAGAAACGUUUGAACCAUGGGAAAAUUCCAGGUACUAAUUUUGUACAAUAUUAUAGGCAAAACAUUGGGGAAAAGUAAGUUCGGGAUCUCUUUUAUUGUAGUUUUAUAUUUUAGAAUAGUACAGUGCCAUAAAACUUUGUAAAAAGGUCAAGUGUAACAACGACUUAACAAGUAUACUAAUGUUCUAUCAGUAGUUUACCGAUCACCGGAAACAGCCUAAUGAAUUAGGUAAUUAAUUAGUACCACUAAAUUAUUCACAAGGUGCACCUUCAGACAAGAUGCUGUACUCUCGAAUGUACUUCGCUAUAUAUUUUUGAGAUGAGUAAUCUACUAAGUAAACUCCUUGAUAAUGAGUCAAAUGGCGAAUGGACAUAUCGUUCUCGUGAGUUAAUUGAUACCAGUAUGUGUUUUUGUUAUCGUAACUCGGAGUCUACCAGAAUGCAUAGUUGAUUUUUGUGAUAAAUCAGCACAAUUCAGUGGACAUGCGACUACCAUUGUAUACUGCUAGUUGAUUCUCAAUAAAAUGGAAAAAAAUAUAUACUCUGAACUUGGACCAACUCUAUGUGCAAUCCUGAACCGACAAUAACGGUAACAACAACAGAGUUCCACGACUACCACCAAAUAAUGUUUAACACAUUUACUACUGACGUAUUAUGAAUCUUUCUCGUAGCUUAUGCAAAUGAUGCCCCCUUUAGGUAAAUCGGAUCAGUUGAUCAACACAAAUAACAGCAUUUGUUCAAAGUAUGACAUUUAUACAUAUUCUAGCAUUUUCUUGUGAAUUAUGCAAAUGAGUCCUGAUUUCUUUGCAUCUACCUAUCUUCAUAUUAAAUGUUAUUACGAUCCCUGAAACCUUUUGAGCUUUCUUUCAAAACAAACUUCCAAAAGCAGCUUUAAGACGAAACUUAAACAACCUCCUCACUGCCCCGAGAGCUAGCUAAAAACAAAAUCACGAGCACACAAAAUAAUAUGAUUUCCCUUGUUGGCUAU